AUUUAAAAAAAGAGGAAAAGCAAGAAUGUUGUGUUGUGUGGCUGCUUUGCUUUCUUUGGCUUGCGCGGCGCUCUAUAACCGAUUCCUAUAAAUUUCCCAACAGAAGCUUGACCACACCAAACCAAACCAACCCAAAGACUUUCGCUUACUCCGUCUUCAUAACCAUAUAAAAUCCAUCUCCCGCGAAACUCAAAAUAAGACAUUUAUUACUCUCAAACCCAUGUCGACCAGUUCAAGCACAGCACUCCCCGGAGCCUCGCCGGACGAUGUUUACCCGUCAUCGUCGGCGAUGUUGUCCGGUGGCCCCGGCGACUCUUCUUCUUGUCCCUCUUCCUCAAUUUCCAACAUCACCCAAGCCUUUCAUUUCUCUUCUGGAAACCCUAGAAUUGAAGAGACUAGGGGUGUCAUGCUUCUCUACCGCAACGACGUCGUCUCGGAUUCCCCCUCCGAUCUCCCUGUUGGGAGAAAGCCUUUGGUUUGUGUGCUUGGAGUGCCAAAUCACAUGACGUAUGCAGACUUCUGCCAAUUUUGUGGUUCAUUUAUUCAGCACAUUUUGGAGAUGCGAAUUGUCAGAAAUGAUGGUAUGGACGAUCGCUAUAGCAUUUUGAUUACGUUGGAUAGUCAGGAUUCUACAGAUAACUUCUAUAAGCACUUCAAUGGUAGCCGAUUCUCAUCGUUAGAGGUUGAAGUUUGCACUGUGCUUUUCACAGUAGAUGUGCAGUACACUGGAUCAAUUGAACAUGCACAGGUGUCCCUAACAAACUCAACUGAGCAGCCCACUUGUCCAGUUUGUCUCGAGAGGUUAGACCAAGACACUAGUGGAAUCCUCACAACUAUUUGCAAUCAUUCCUUCCAUUGCUCUUGUAUUUCAAACUGGACAGAUUCUUCUUGUCCCGUAUGCAGAUAUUGUCAGCAGCAGCCUGAAAAAUCAAUUUGUUUUGUUUGUCAAACCUCUGAGAAUCUCUGGAUUUGUCUUAUUUGUGGCUUUGUAGGCUGUGGGAGGUACAAAGAAGGGCAUGCCAUUAGACAUUGGAAAGAAACUCAACAUUGUUAUUCUCUAGAAUUGGAAACUCAACGAGCAUGGGAUUAUGCGGGAGAUAAUUAUGUUCACCGUCUAAUUCAGUCCAAAACUGAUGGAAAGCUGGUUGAGCUGAAUUCACAUUGUCUACUUGCUAAUGAUGGGUGUGGAAGCUGUGAAUGUUUAGAUUCUGGAUUUAGUGAAGCUGUUUUGAGCAGUCAAGUUGAAGCUAUUGUUAACGAGUACAACGAACUGCUUACCUCUCAACUUGAUAGCCAAAAAUCAUAUUUUGAGUCUUUACUACAAGAAGUCAAAGAAGACUCAGAAAAGGAAAUUUCGAGUGCUGUGGAGAAGGCUGUGACACAAAAACUGCAGAAGUUGCAAGCUAAGCUGGAUAGAUGUGUCAAAGAAAAGAAAUUCCUUGAUGAUCUUAAUGAGAAUCUUUUGAAAAAUCGGGAAAUUUGGAAAGAGAAGAUAAUGGAAAUUGAAGAGAGGGAGAAAAAGGCUUUGAAGGUGAAGGACGAUAAAAUAACGGACUUGGAAGAACAGCUUAGAGAUCUGAUGGCAUUCCUAGAAGCUGGGAAGACAAUGGAAAAACUAUCAAUCUCUGACGAAAUUAAGGACGGCACAGUAUUGCCAAUGUCCAUGGAGUCCUCUUCUACAAAUGGUUCUAAGGGAGGAUUAAAGGCUAAUAACAGGCGGAGAAACAAAGACUAAAAGCACGAGGGUUCAAUACUAGAUUUUUAUGCUUACGCUACAAAUUGUUUCUUUUACCCAGAAAAUAUGAAUAAAUGUUGUAAGUAAAAAUUUUGAUGUAUUAAAUAUUAAGAGUGGCAAUCUCUUGUAAUGUCUGUAAUUUUAAAUUUUUUUUUUUUUUUUUUGGGAGCAAAAUAUGUAAAUUAAAAUUGGCUGCUCGUAUUACCGACUCUAUCAUUGACAAAAUUAAUAUUAACGAUAACUGAAUUUUAGAUUUGUUUAA